GUUGAUGACGACGACCGACCGCGUACUGUAGCUAGCGCAUCAUUUCAAUUUGACAACACCAACGAACCGCAACGGAAGGCAAAGUUUCAAAGAUAAAACAAAAAAGGAAAGCUUAAAUUGACGAGUAGUAAAAGACUUCCAUAUUUUUCUACAAACGGUAGUUCACUGCUCUUGCCAAAGAACCAUCUUAAAAUGGCUGCCGUUGCUCAACAACCAAAGGGAAUAUCCAGACCCAAAAAAUGGUCAGAUGAAGUAGAAGAGAACUACAGGUUUCAACUGGCUGGAUACAGAGAUGCUGUUGAAUAUUCAUCAAUUAAAAAAGAUGAGCCCAACAGGUGGCCAGAGACUGGUUAUGUGAAGAAACUGCAGAGGAAAGAUGGUCUUUUUUACUACUACAAUAGGAGUAGGGAAUGUCAAGAUAAAGAUGUACACAGGACCAAGAUGUAUACUUAUUAGACAUUUAUAUUUAAGCCAGUCAUUUUAAAUAUUGUCAUAUACUCAUCUCUUGAUACAUUUUGUGUUCAAAGACACCAUUACUAUUCUUUAAUCUAUUGGUAAUAUUCAGUGUAAUGUAUUAAUAUUCUCGUACUUUUAUUUUACUUUUUUGUAUUUGUUUAGGAUAUUGUCAUUCAUUCCAUUAAAUAAAUAUCCUCAUAUUACCUCUAAUAUUUCAUGUGCUGUACUUACAAGUAUGUUUAGUAGUCUUUUUUUUUAGAAUGCACAUACUUUAUGUGAAACCACAAAUGUACUAGUAUGUCAAUGUUAGUGAAACUCAUGGCCAUUGUAAAUAGAUAAUUACUCAUUUUCAUUUGUAUAUUGUAAAUAAGAGUUAAAGUGGAUUUUAAAGUGAGUUGUAUGUAGGCCUAUUGAAAGCAUGGGAAAAACAACUGUCUGUCGGGACCAAUUCAAAUGAUGUUGCAAGAUACCUAUUUCAUGGUUUGUUCUAGUCUAAGUGUGAGAGUACUAGUUUUUUUUUCUGGGAUACUAGUAUCGCUUUGUAUUCUUGAUUCAUACCAGAGUGCCUUGAUAUCUAGCUGGUACUAGAUUGAAUGUUUUAAUUAGACUUUGGUAUGAGCUUGGAGGUUAACCAUUGCCCUGGUCUAAACUAUUGACAAAUCUAUCUGUUUAAGCAUGGUUUUGUAAAUGCCAUAAAUUGACAUUGAAAUAGUGAUGUGAAGCUGCUUCAAAUUAGCCCGGUAGUGUGACAUCAUUCACCUUGAAAAUAUAGAUAAUCAUAAAAUUUGCAAGAUCAUCUGACCCUUCCAUCCAGCAAAUGGUUGCUGAAUCAGCAUCCGUCUUGUGAUCCAGACGUUAAGUAUUUGUUUUUAAUUAUGUUAAUUGACUAUUUUAAACUACAAUGUACAUGUAGAAAGGCUAAAUCAAUGUCAACUAAUAUAAAGAUGUAUGAAUGACAUGAGAUAUAAAGUAAGCAGAUAUAUGAAUUUCUGUAGAAAAUUGCAAAGGUCAAAGAGAUUAAAGGGAAUGUGAAUCUUCUGAGAAGAUAUAGAUCAUCACAUGUUGCAGGAGUUUUUGUCUUCCUGAUUUUGCCUGUGUUAAUCUCAGUUUAUUUUGUAUUUGUUUCAAAUACAUUUUCACCGAGAAGAAUGUGAAUGUCUGCUAGAGUUUUGAAUCUUUAAUCAAUAGGGGUACACACGUUUUCUUAUUCCUCCUCAAAUUAGCAACAAUUAUAUUUACAUGUAUCUCAGUUUUAUAGUAUUCAGGGUAAAAAGAAAGUGUCCCCUUAAAAGAGACACAUACAUCUCUAGGGGUUACUAGUAAUCGGCUCUUUGUACUGCCAUAAAUAUUAGAGGGCAUAAUUGACUCCGAUUUGAAGUUUGAAUCAUCCCAAACUAGGCGCAGGAACCAAUUGAAUUGAAUUCACAGGAAGGAAAUUGUAUACCCUAUUCUGAUUGCUGUUUCAUUUAGAAUUGCAGUAAGAUACAGAAGAUAAUUUUCAUGUUAUCAGCCAUGGUAUAGAUUAGUCUGAUAAAUUGUAUAGUGCACCCCUAAUUUACAUGCAGCUACAUUGAAGCACUCAUGAUAGUAGUUUGGCAGUGUAUAUUUGGUUUAUUGAUUAACCAAAGGGGGUUGAUCUGGCACAUUUUUGACAAAAAUAUUUGAGAAAGAAAUGUGUUUGAAAUACUUUUGAGGUAUGAAUACAUUAUGUCUAGUAAGUUUUCAUAAAAAAAUGAUUUAAGUUCAUGCACAAACUUUCUGUUGCAAGAAUCAGCAAUGUUAUAUUAUGACUAGGGCAUUGGGGUAAUUUCAGUUUGUCUUGAGAUAAUAUUCUUUGGAUUACAACAACUUUGCAUACCGUACUGAUUUUAAACUGAAUAUCUGUCAUUUUAAAGUGAAUGUGGAAUAAAAAGACAAGUUCAAGUGAA